AUGUCUUAUCAUGGAAACACUAUAGGACUCAAUGAAGGUUCCUCAUCCUUCGAGUCAGCCAGCACUAUUCUUUAUCCUACGUUUAGCGAUCUAUCUGUUAAUCUUCAAAUGGAACUUGCCAAGAGUUCUGGUUACACUGUCAGACAACUAAUCAUUGCCAAUAUCCCAGUUUGCUUCGAAGCAUGUGAGAUUGAAUUGAAAGCCAUCGAAGAACUGACUGCUUCUCUUAGAAAGUCAAACUUUAAAGCCAGCCCUCCUUCAUCUCAAAAGAAAGAAGAUCUUAUUAUACAAAUUGGCAGCUGUGGACGAAGGUUUUGGAACAAUUAUAUCUAUAAACCGAUUGCUGGUCCUAAGGCCAUUCAACUUGGCUAUGUUUUCAAGUUUGAGAAGGCUCUUGAUGAACUACUCAGAGUUUAUAUUAAUAAAACUACGCCUCCGGUUAACCUCGCUGCGGCUCAGAAGGCCUGGGUGGACACCACGCCCAAUAUUCUAAAAGUUAUAUCUCAAAAUGCGGAGUUGGCGCGGGAACGCGCCGAAGGUGUCCGGUAUAUACCGGGCAAAAGAAUGGCCCCUAUGGAUCCCGAAAAGUUAGACACUGUUGAGCUGGGGGAAUCACUCACAUUUUUUCAACGUCUUAAUCAAAUUGCUUUGCACGUAUCCCCAAAUCCCGAGUUCAACAUUGUGUUUGCAAUGACGCAAGCUCUCUCAGUAGGUAUUUCAAGUCCUAAUUUUUUCGACGGACUUACCAGCGGUGAAGUUAAGACCGAAGUACGGUCAGUCCUUAAUGAAGCUUCCAAGUGGGCCUCCUUAAUGGAGGGGUACUUUUACAACAAUCCAGGUGGCUCGUUUCAUCGCGACAUUCUCUUAACUGUGCUUAAUAAUGACAAAGUGUCAGCAGCUGCUCGUGAAGAUCCUGAGAGUCAUCUUUGA